GAGAAAGCACGCCCAACUGACAUGCCGACACGCUUCGAAGCUCGCAAGCAAAAGAUCUUGGAACAACUCGACGCUCCAGAUGGCGAGUAUCAUGAUUUGUCGCCCAAGGGGUCCGUUGAUGCGCCCAUCCGAGAUCUAAUCGGCGAGAUCAACAGUCUCCCAGGACUAGUCACCACUAGCAGCUGUUCGGGGCGCAUCAGUGUGUUUUUGGAAGGACGCAAAUCAGACAAUGAAGUACCAGAUGAAUUACCUGAAGGCGAGACUGCACGCGCUGGACCAGGAGGGAAAGGUGGCGGGGGUGCAUGGUUGUUCAUCUCACACACGCCACUUGGGCGAGAAGAAGCAACAUGUGACCUCGUGUCAAAGUUUGGCUUGAAGAAGGCUGAAGCAACGGAGGGAACACCUAGCGUGUCCAGCAGGUACAUUCAUCUUAAAUUUGAACCUAUGAUACUCCACGUCCUGAGUGCAUCGAUGGAUCAUGCCCAAGGUGUCCUCACUGCUGCCUUAGCUGCCGGCUUCCGCGAGAGCGGUGCCGUGAGUCUGGGGUCAGCGAAGACAGGAGAGUCGAACCCCAUCGUAGCUGUCCGGUCAGCUGGCUAUUCAUUCGACUCCAUCAUUGGCCAUCAAGGUGGCGAUGGCAACAGUGUUGCCUUGGUAGACGAGCGGUAUCUACAAACAUUAGUCAACAUCGCAAAUGAGCGAUUCAACAUCAAUAUCGAUCGCAUCAGCCGGUUUCGCAAGGCCCUCUUGGAGACGUACGAACCGAAGCUCUCGACAGCGACAGGUGGAUCCAAGCCAGAAUGGGAAGAUGCAGAUGCCAGGAAGCGACGGAAAAGAGAAGAAGGCCUUGCACGGCAACAAGCUCUGCAAAACCAUGUCUCUCGAGAAGAUACUCAUUCAUCAAGAGAAGAGGAGAUGGACAGUAUGAAAGAGAUGUUCUCCUAAUACGACCCCACACAAUACAGAAGCAUGCGCGUCGACGAGAAUGCCUGUAUUCAUGACAGCAAGAUUUCUACUCUAGCGUAGGUAGAUAUGACUCAUUUUCCGUCUAUCAUGACGGCGAGUUCUAGUUUACGGUUAGUGGUUGCAUCUCUGUACGUUGUGGAGCCAGAUGACAAUGUCUCCGGCGACUAGUCUCCAAGCCUCCAACGGAGGAUGAACGACAUUCGGACAAUUACACAGCCAUAUACCUACACGUGACCCUGGAGAGCCAUGAUCCUCCUCUUCAAGGUCUAUCAAAUGCAGUAACAUGAUGCCGG